AAUAAAUAAAAAAUCUCUCUCUCAUCUCUCUGUGUCUCUGUGAGUGUGAGUGUGAGUGUUAGUGUGAGUGCGUGUUUCGCCAUGGAAGCACUAUCGAGUUCCGGUUUGCAAAUUAAGAGGUUCUCAGACAGGUCAUCAGCAAUUCAGACGGCUAAAAUCAGCAACAAACAUUGCGCUGUUUUCAAAAUCUCUCCCAGCUUCAGUAAAACGCAGUCGUUGCGAUGUGUUUCUCGAGUUUCUGCGGACGCCUCAGACCACGGCGAAGAAGACAGCCGCUUGGAUAGCGAUAACGGCGUCGUGCGUUUCGUGUCAGACCAAACUCUCUCUUUAUCUGAGUCCAUGAAUGGAUAUUUCAAACGGCUUGUUCGGCUUUGUUGUGAUGGCCUCUCUCAUAUCCUGAAGGGUAAUUCACCAGAUCUCCAACAAAGUGGCUCACCGGAUAUAAAUUUGACGACACCUCCUCUUUUGGGAUCAUAUGGAACAAGUAGUGGGGGAGGUACAAGAGCUGGACUUUUCAGGACACCUAUAUCUGGAGGGGUGCAAAGUGCCACCUCUGCUCAUGGCUUACCAAGACCAGCCUUAGCUGUCAGAAAUUUAAUGGAACAGGCUAGGUUUGCCCACCUGUGUACUGUGAUGUCACGCAUGCACCACCGCCGAGAGGGUUAUCCAUUUGGCUCACUCGUAGAUUUUGCGCCAGAUCCUAUGGGACAUCCAAUAUUUUCGUUCUCACCGUUGGCCAUACACACUAGGAACUUGCUAGCCGAUCCAAAAUGCACAGUAGUUGUGCAGACUCCUGGAUGGAGUGGCUUGUCAAAUGCACGGGUGACAAUCUUUGGCGACGUAUACCCCCUCCCAGAGGACCAGCAGGAAUGGGCUCAUAAACAAUACAUAGAGAAACACCUGCAAGGACCUUCUCAGCAGUGGGGAAAUUUCUACUAUUUUCGGAUGCAAAACAUAAGUGAUAUAUAUUUUAUUGGAGGCUUUGGAACUGUUGCUUGGGUCGAUGUUAAAGAGUAUGAAGAUCUUAGACCUGAUCAAAUUGCUGUUGAUGGUGGUGAACAGAAUCUAAAGGAGCUAAAUGCAAUCUUCUCAAAACCCUUGAGAGAGCUUUUAUCCAAAGAAGCUGAGGAGGUAGAUGAUGCUGCUUUUAUAUCGAUAGACAGCAAGGGGGUUGAUAUCCGUGUCCGCCAAGGGGCUCAGUUCAACGUUCAAAGAAUCUCGUUUGAAGAUGGACAGGGCGUUGAGACACUAGAGGAGGCGAAGAGAGCACUUUGGAGGCUUAUGAAUGGAGGCCGAAUGCAAAAUCUGCAAAAAUGAAAACGUGAUAUUUUUUAUCUCACAAUCUCAAGUCCACCUUGAACCGUGAUGGUUGAUUUUUCUUUUACUUUUUCUCUUUCACAACCUUGACUGCUUUGAGAUAAAAAAUAAGUAGUCUUCCGAGUGUGUAAGUUCUUAGUAACUUAUUUUGUACUACUAUCUUAUUUUCAAUCGAGUUCGAAUUUACAGGC